AAAGUGUCCUUUACGCCUUUGAAGUCGUGAUUGCAUUUUCUCCCGGUGUCACCCGAACGUACCACGGGAAGAACCCCGCCCCUUGUCACCUCCCCCUCCCCUGACGUCACGCCAACGUCUAUUUGCAUGAAGUGUUUUCUCGCUGCAGCUUCAACUCGUCUGCAGAGCGAGUCUCUCUGAAGGGGGAAAGCGAGGGAAGAGGAGCAGCGAAAACAGGAGGAGGCGGAGGGGGGUCUUGUGUUUCAUACAUCAGAGGAGCAGCAGCAGGGAAGAAACGGCCCUGAAAGCAUCGCGAUCAGGGUGUCCGAUAACAAAAGCAAAGAGGACAGAGAGAGAGAGAGAGACAGAAAAAAGAAAAACAGAAGAGUCGCUUCUCUCGUAUCGGAAAAUGGAACUACCCGCCGCGGGAGAGCACGUCUUUGCGGUGGAGAGCAUCGAGAAGAAGCGCAGCAGAAAGGGGAGAGUCGAGUAUCUGGUCAAGUGGCGAGGAUGGUCUCCAAGAUACAACACAUGGGAACCAGAAGAAAACAUCUUGGAUCCAAGGCUGCUCGAUGCUUUCCAAGACAGAGAACGUCAAGAACAGCUGAUGGGAUAUCGCAAGAGAGGACCUAAGCCCAAGCACCUACUGGUUCAAGUUCCGUCUUUUGCCAGGAGGUCCAGUAUUCUGGCCGACCUUCACGGGGCGUCCUUGGACGACGACGACUGUCAAAAGUCCAGCCCCAUCCAGAUGCUCCGUCCCCAAGCCCAGCAGUACCAGCUGAACAGUAGCAAGCACCACCAGUACCAGUCGCUGUGCAGGGAGGCCGAGCAGCAGCCCAACGGCAAGAAGUUCUACUAUCAGCUCAACGGCAAGAAGCAUCACCACUACCAGCCGGACCUCAAAGUGCACGAGCCUUUAUUUGUUAAACCGCGUGACGUCAAAGCUCCAGAGCUGGCUAACAAAGGCUACAACCUGCCCCCAGUGCUGCAGCAGAAGUGGGUUCGGGACAAGGACUCCGGCUGUCUGACCAAAGUGAAGGAUAUCACCAUGGAGCUGAAGAAGCUUCCGGCUGACCUCAACGGGCACAAAGAGCCAGAGAAGGCAAAACCUAAAGAGGACACGCUGCCACAGUCGAAUGGCGUCAGCAGCGGCAAACUAAAGAUCGUGAAGAACAAAAACAAGAAUGGGCGGAUUGUCAUUGUCAUGAGCAAGUACAUGGAAAACGGAAUGCAAGCAGCUAAGAUUAAAAAUGGGGAUUCUGAAAGUGGUGAAAAGUCGCCACAGGGAACGGACUGCAGCCCGGAGAACCAGCUCGAGAAGAUGAAGCUGGUCAAAAAGCUCGGCCUCAUGAAUGGAUUUGCAAAAAACCCCAAAGACAAACCGACUGGAUUUAACGGAGAUUGCCCCAAAGCGAAGGAACAGUCCCCCAAAACGGAGCCAACUGUGACGGAACAGGAUAAACAUGUUGAGGUCAGGGGUCAGGGGCAGCUUCCAGCGGAUCAGCCUUUACAAUUGACAACCAAGCCUAAUCUGCUCCCCCUGACUUCAGAUCAGGGAGUUUCCUCACUGCCGGACAAAAGAGUAAGCCAAGGUGGGUUUCAAGGUCUAAAACGACACCUCUCUGACAUGGAUGGCAAGGAACACGGGGGCACUAAGAGGUUUUUGAGCUGCAGGAGCAUCAGCGCUCCAAACGCAGCGUCUUUGCCUGCCCAAAGCAUCAGCGUCGACCAAAAUGGACACCAGAGCCACGACAGACUGCAGGACUGUGGCUACACAGACCAAGAGGAACCCAUCGACUUGAGUAUUGUCAAGUCGAGGCCUACGGCGACCCAGCCUGAAACACAAACACAGGCUGAAGCGCUAACGCAGGACUUAACACAGACAGAUGUGCAAACAGAAAAUCAGCCCCAGACUGAAGCACAAAAACCUGCAGAGGAGAAGAAAGUUGACUCGGUGUCUGUUUCUAACCAUGAAAAGAGGAAAGAGGAGACGUUUCCUUCUUUCCAGCCUUUCCUUGGGAAUAUAGUCAUCACAGACAUUACUACAAACUGCCUCACGGUUACGUUCAAGGAAUACGUAACAGCAUAACAGAGCUGGAUGCCACCUGUGUAUAGAUGUAAAUGAUAUAUAUAUUUGUAUUUUUGGAUGCUUGAAUGUAAAAACAAACCCUUGAUGUUGUUUUCAUUUUGUAUAGAUCAGAUAAAAUUGCGUUAUUUGCAUAUUUCCUCUUAUAAGCUGUUAUUAUUUCUGAAGACUUUAUCACAUGCAGUAAAUUUCAUCUAUUUCAAGCCUAAACUGCAAACAUUUGUCAGAACAUUACUUAGAGAUGCACUUAUUCCUGUAAAUACUCUUCUCUUUUCUAUGGAUGUAAUUUGAUUUAUACCCUCAGCUGUCUCAGAUGAUGUUAAACAAAUGUAGGCUAUAUGGAGAAUUUUGUAAGAAAGAAGAAUUAUAUUGAAUCAUGGUAAAUUACACUGUGUCUGUAUGUGUGAGUGUGUGUGAGAGAGAGUGAACAGAUGGACAGAUUUAAAGGAUGCGUGCUGCUUGGACAGAUUCUGCCAUUACGGCAUGCUAAAACAAGCGCUUAAAAGGAAAAUGAAGCGCCUUUCUGUCGAUAAAUAUGAUUUGCGCUGUUGAAAAGGGAGAAGGGAGGCUUUUAAAUGGAAAAUGAAUCAAGAUUGCUUUGCUUUUCUUGAGUCAUGCAGCGCAAAAUCUGAUACUGAGCACAAGUCACCUCCAUUUAAAGUGAUCGUAUUCAACCCUGAGUCUCUGUUAGUUUCUGUUGUUCAGCAGCAGACUAACUAAAUGGCUGAUAUCAGUCUCAAAUCUGCACGAGCUGCUUAAAUCCAACAGAUUAGUCCCUCCAGCUGCUGUGAUUCAGCUUUCCAUGUUUCUGUUCUUUGGCACCCUGACAUGCUCAGUUAUGUGCGGGCUUGUCUUUUUUUUUUCUUUUUUUUGCAACACAAUGUUAAUUAGAAGUGUGCAAAAGCACAUUUCAUAAUCAGUGCUACUCCCUUGUGCCACACAUGCCUCCUUCUUCUCCUUUUUUUCUUUUUCAAAAUCCCUUUCAGCGCUAUGUGAUCUGAGGUGCUUUGAACAACUCUGUGAGGACACUUUUGAGCACUUUUGAUAUUUUCUGUGCAGACUUAAAAAGUGAAGGCUUUCUAUGAUACAUUUUGCAAUAAUAAAAAAGAAUUGUUUGCAAGUGAA